CAUUUUUAUACACAUAAAAACCAGAACGAAGAGCAAUAAUCAGCAAACACGGCCCCAAGACCAGUCAUGGAAGGAAUGACGGAAGUUAAUGAUCAAGCAGAAAAUACAAGGUCAAUAAGGGAUCUUCCACCUGCUCACUACGCAUUUAAGAUCGAAAACUUCUCCCUACUUUCAAAUACGAAGGUAGACAUCGUCGAAACAGGUGACUUUGAAGUUGACGGCUACAAAUGGAGAUUAUGCCUCCAUCCUAAAGGAAACAAGAAAAGCAAUGGGGAUGGACACAUAUCUCUAUAUUUAGCAUUUUCCAAAUCGAAUGCCCCCCCUCUUGGUUGGGAAGUUAACGUGGACUUCAAGCUGUUUGUUUAUAACCAAAUCCAUGACAAGUACUUGACCAUCCAAGAUGCUAAUGGGAGGGUGAGACGCUUUCAUGGAUUGAAAACAGAAAUGGGUUUUGACCAAUUACUUCCACUGACUCUUUUCAAUGACGAGUCAAAGGGAUAUCUAAUCGAUGACUGUUGCAUAUUUGGAGCUGAGAUUUUUGUUAUAAAACAUACUAGCAAAGGUGAAUGCUUGUCCCUGAUGAAGCAACCUUUCCACAGCUCUUUCACCUGGAGCAUUCAAAACUUUUCAGCACUGGAUCAAGAAUGUUGCAAGUCCCCAGUGUUUGCUACUGGAGGGCACAAAUGGACUCUGCUGGUUUAUCCCAAAGGGAAUUCAACAUUUAAAGGCAAAAGCUUGUCUAUCUUCUUAACCUUGGAGGAUUCUGAAACUCUUCCAUCUGGACGAACAAUGUAUGCAGAAUUCACGCUGCGCGUGAGGGACCAACUUUUCGGAAAACACCUCGAAAAAACUGCUAAUUGCCAUUUUUCUAAUUCAAUCAACGACUGGGGUCACUUUAACUUUAUGUCUCUCGAUGAGCUCAAUACUCUUGCAAAGGGAUUUCUAGUUAAUAAUACUUUGGUUGUUGAGGCACAAAUUCAUGUGCUUACGGUGGUCAAGGAACUCUCCGGGGGCUGUGCUUCUAUGCAUUCCAAGACCUAAUUUGCUAUAUAUUCUCAGAUACCAUUGCAAGUUAAGAACUCGGUAGCAGAAAUUGGCUCUGCUCGUUGUCUGUGACAUAAUUAACUUUAAGCUAAUGUUGUUCACAGUUUAAUACGUAUUUCUGAACAA